AAGAACGCAAGCUCACGCUGGGUACGGCGGGGUGAGGUGGAGAGGAGGAAGAACGCGGAAGACGGGAAUUUUAAGCUUGGAUAUCUGGACUUUAUUUGAACUGAAGAUUCAGAAAGACAAGCUGGAUCGAGACGGAAAGUGGAAAGAAGGAGGCGGUUGGCAUGAGCCGCUUUUUCUCCCUCAUGUUGGCCCGAUGUGGGGAAUUUUCUGGAAGAUUUCUUCGGUUGGGCAGCAUCAGCUUCGACAUCUCCAAAAAAAGCGGGACAUUUUUCUGUCGUCCACAUCUUUCUUUUUGUCAUUUUUCAUCCUCACGUUCUGUUUUCGCUUCUUUUUUUGCAUAUUCAGCUCUCCCACGUCUGUCUCUCAGUCAUCCUCAUCUCUCAGCAUCCCGUUUCCUCUUUACAUCCACUCGUCCUGCCGAACACAUGGAUUUAAAGGGAGUGCUGGAGGUUUUGGAACAACUCGCUCCAUUAUCGUUGGCUGAAUCCUGGGAUAACGUCGGCCUGUUGGUGGAGCGCAAACCUCGUCCAAUCAAAACCAUCCUGCUUACCAAUGACCUGACAGUGGCGGUCAUGGAUGAAGCUGUCGGGAUGAAUUGUGAUCUGAUCGUCUCCUACCAUCCGCCGCUCUUUCGGCCUUUUAAGCGUUUGCUGCAGAAGGACUGGAAGCAGCGUUUGGCUGUCAGAGCAAUAGAAAACGGCGUGGCCAUUUUCUCCCGCACCACUUCGUGGGACAGUGUUGAGGGAGGCGUUAAUGACUGGCUUGUUGGAGGAUAUGGGCGUAAGGGUAAAAAGUCGGUAUUGAGUCAAGCCGUCUCUAGCGGUGCACAGAAACAGCUUGAGUUCACGUGCAUGGAUGGAGAACUAAACAGCCCCUUUUGGAGCAGCUGAGAAAAUAGUGGGCAGUUGAAACCUCUUCAGUGCUGUAGAAUACGAAGUGAGAGUGGAGGACAGCAGGUGAAUCUGACCUGUAGUAGUUCAGUGCUGACCGGUGCUGUGCAGGUUCUGCUUUCACAUCCACACGCCAGCAAAUCUCUGAACAUCACACAAGUCCAACAGCCUCCUCUGUUGGGCUGUGGUCAGGGUCGACUCAGUGUUCUGGAGGAACCGGUGUCUGUUUCUACAGCAGUGCAGAAGAUGAAGACACACUUGGGUUUGCCUCAUUUGAGACUGGCCUUGGGGGACCAGCAGACAUUAGACUCAGUGGUGAAGACGGUUUGCAGUGUGUUGGUUUCUGGGGCUUCUGUCAUACAAGGAGUAAAAGCAGACCUCUACAUCACUGGUGAGAUGUCCCACCAUGAGGUCCUGGAUGCGGUUUCUAAAGGCACCAGUGUGAUCCUCAGCGAGCACAGCAACAGCGAGAGAGGAUUUCUGGCUGUUUUCAGAGAGGGACUGAGCGCUCGGCUGGACAACAUGGUUAACAUAGUCAUCUCUCAGACUGACCGAGAUCCGCUACAGGUGGUCUGAUCUCACUCUCACAGCCUUUUACUGUAUAAUUCAGUCAUCCUGGACUGAAUAUAUGCAUAUCACCUUGAAUAUUUAAUGCCUGACCUGGUGUUUGUAAGUGCUACAGUAACAUUGUCCUAUAAACAAGUGAAAUAAACCAUACCAUCUA